ACGAAUAAUACAUUUUAAGCGAUAUUGUUCAUAUUUGAUGGGGGUUUGUGUUAUAUAUCCUAACGUAAAACAUUGAAUUUGCAUGAAUCCAAGCAUAGAGUUAGCAUUAGCAACAAAGCAGAGUAGAGGAAACCAUGGAUGAUGAUACUUGCAAAUUAUUUGAAAGAGUUGGUAAAAAAAUGGGGUGGGCUGAUGAAGGAGGACUGGACGCAGCUGAAAGGAAGCUAAGAAGCUUAAUUGGCAAAACACGUCAUCUUGCCACAAGUUGUCAGCGACUUGAGGAUCGAUCAGCUUUGCCAGUUGACCCUGGCCUCUCUGAAAGUGAGGACGAUCCGGAGAAGGAAAACCAGUGCUCCAAGGGCAAACAUUACAGAGACCAGGCUUUGACUGAGUCAAGUGAUGAUGACAUUGACCAGUUUCUUGUGUGGAGGGCUACACCGAAGGUUAAACCUACCUUACAAAAACCACGUAGCACUGCAAAGAAAGACCGAUAUGAAAAUGAAUCAGAUAUUCUUGUGGUGAGUUCAGAUGAUGAUAACAAUUUUGAGACAUUUCUGCAACAAAUGAAAACCCCUAUUUCCAAGCCUAAGAAAAUAGGGAGUGGCAGUGAAGAUGGUCUCAAAAACUUCAUAGUGGAUGACUACUCAUCAGGUGAUGACUUUAUUGAAGCUAAAUCAUCUUUUAAAGUGCCUAAAAAGAGCAAUACUGUGGCACCCAAGCAUCCACCGAGGACACCACUGUCUCAGUGUGACUCCCCAGUCUUUGUUAGUGACAGUGAUGAUGAUGAUGAUGGUGAUAAUAUUGUGGUCAGGAGCUCCUGGAAAACUCGUCACUCACAACCUAAGCCCCUGCUGAAAACUAACAAGAUUAAUGCUCAGCUGUGCGAUGAAGGUGACGGAUCACCGUCUUUCCUUCCCAUACCAUCUCCUUUUUCUCUUCCUCCUUACAAAGCUCCAACAUCACUGCGCUCUCCUAAGCGCAUUCUUUCAGCACCUUCUAAGCUGGAUGAAUCGGCCAGUUCUGAGGAUGAGUUAUCUUCCCUACUGGACAGACUGAAAAUGAAAAGCACCUUCACUGCCACUUUAUUCGUACCGAGCAACAACAGAGAAUGUAGUAAGGAGCCUCCUGUGUCAGUUCCUCCUGUAAAAGGGUUCACAACACCAGCUACUAAACCAUUAAGAGAAAAGCCUCUGCAUGUGAAGACACCAGGGAAAUCUACCAUUGUAAAGCCUAUGGUCAGUCAAACAGAACCUAGGCAUGGCCCUGUCUCCAGGUUAGCAUUAUGCAAGACCCCAGGCUGCUUCUUGCAGUCCUUACCAAGCUCUGGCUCCAGCUAUGGCCACAAUUUUAAGCGGAUCAAGGAAGACCUCACUAGCCAACUCUACCAGUUGUACAAUACUAGUGUGUUUGACAGUAAGCUCCCUGUCAAUAUGUCGGUGACUUGGAAUAAGAAGAUGCGAAAAACAGCUGGUUACUGUGUCACGGGGCAGGAGCGAGGUGAAGGCAGCCGUUAUGCCCGCAUUGAACUGUCAGAGAAAGUCUGUGAUUCUGCAGAUCGACUCAGGGACACACUAAUUCAUGAGAUGUGUCACGCUGCAACAUGGCUGAUUAACGGUGUAAGGGAUGGGCACGGAACUGUCUGGAAGCUUUACGCCCGCAAGGCCACACUGGCGCAUCCUGAGCUGCCUAUGGUCACUCGCUGCCACAGUUACGACAUCAAUUACAAAUUUAAUUACCAGUGCACCCGCUGCCAGAAUACGAUCGGCCGUCAUUCCAAGUCACUGGACAUGCAGAGGUUUGUGUGUGCUCUCUGCAAGGGACAGCUCACUUUACUGACACCUUCCAAGCCACGUGCUCCCACACCUUUUGCCAACUUUGUCAAAAAUAAUUACAGAUCUGUACAACAGGAGCUAGCAGGACAAAGCCACGCAGAGGUGAUGCGUAAACUUAGUGCAGACUUUGCCUCCAAGACUAAACUAAAUCAGAGCUGGGAAUCCUAGUACAGUCUCAGAAAACUUUCCACAUUCUGAAAUGCCUGUCAGCUAGACUUGAAUCAGUGAGAAGCUGUGAUUAUUAAUAUUCAAUUCAUUGUUAUGUUUUUCUUGUACUUUCUAUAUCAAUUAGAAAAGCUGAGCCUAAGCAGUAUGUUUGUGUUCUUAAGUGCGUCUGUGUUCAUUGUUUGGUUUAUGUGUAGAUGAGCCAGUGUCAGACAGUUAAAUCAAUAUCUCGUCAUUAAUACCUGAGGUCUUAAGUAUCUGGCAUUGUAACAAUAUCUAGGUAAAGAUGAUUAGUUCCGUAUUUUUAACUAGUUUUAUUUUGCUUUUAUGAACUUUAUGAAUAAAGUUUAAAAUUGUGACUAUA